AUGUCCUUACAACACGAGAAAGUUACAAUUGCACCGCUGGUCUUACUAUCUGCUUUAGACCAUUAUGAGCGUACACAGACAAAAGAAAACAAAAGAUGUGUUGGUGUCAUCUUGGGUGAUGCUAACAGUUCCACUAUCAGAGUCACUAAUUCCUUUGCCUUACCGUUCGAGGAAGAUGAGAAAAACCCUGACGUAUGGUUUUUAGAUCAUAAUUAUAUUGAAAACAUGAACGAAAUGUGUAAAAAAAUCAAUGCCAAGGAAAAGUUAAUUGGAUGGUAUCAUAGUGGUCCUAAAUUAAGGGCCUCUGACCUCAAGAUCAACGAACUGUUCAAAAAAUAUACUCAAAAUAAUCCGCUAUUAUUAAUUGUUGAUGUCAAACAAAAAGGUGUUGGUUUACCAACAGAUGCAUAUGUCGCCGUUGAGCAAGUUAAGGAUGAUGGUACAUCUACAGAAAAGACGUUUCUACAUUUACCAUGUACUAUUGAGGCCGAAGAAGCUGAAGAAAUUGGCGUAGAACACUUAUUGAGAGAUGUUCGUGAUCAAGCAGCAGGUGGUUUAUCCAUCAGAUUGACCAACCAAUUAAAAUCCUUGAAAGGACUACAAAGCAAACUAAAGGAUGUUGUCGGGUAUUUAGACAAAGUCAUUAACAAAGAGUUACCGAUAAACCACACUAUAUUGGGCAAGUUACAAGAUGUUUUUAAUCUUUUACCAAACCUUGGAACACCCGAUGAAGACGAAAUGAAUAUGGAGGAUCACGACAGAAUUAAGAUUUCAAACAACCUACAAAAGGCUUUAACUGUAAAGACUAACGACGAAUUAAUGAUCAUAUAUAUAAGCAAUUUGGUUAGGUCAAUUAUCGCGUUUGAUGAUUUAAUUGAAAAUAAAAUCCAGAAUAAAAAAAUUCAAGAACAAAGAGUAAAGGACAAACAAUCAAAGGUCUCUGAAGACACUGAGAAUGGUGACAAAGAAACAACUGCACCAUUGAUCCAACAAAAGAAUAAGAAAAAUUAA